CCGCUCGAAGGGGCGGGGCGGCGGUGGGCUGCUGAGGGGCACCCGGGUGGCGGGCGCCAGCGGCCGGAGGACGCCCGGCUGCGGGAGGCGGCUCCGCAGCACCCAGGCAUACCAAAGAAAACGGCUUCUCGUCCUCGGUUUGGGAUCUGAUUUACAUCAUCUCUGAGCCCAUUUGAAAAAAAAAAAAGGAAAAAGCAAAACCAACCCCGCAGAGAACAUGUUGUGCGGAAGGACUUCCACUCCCUGGCUGUGCUGUUAACGCUAGCAAUCAGGAAGAGCCUUUGGGGGCUGCAGGAUCUCGCUAGUCUGAUGCUGCUGCUAAAGGUUUUGGUGCAGGGAGACAAAACUGCCGCCUCUUCCAUGCACUGAGCUCUUCACAUCUGCAUUUUGCUGCUGCUGUGCUCGUCUCACAGCCUCUCUCCAUGGACUGAUUUAUUUUCUUUGCCCUUUUUGUUGGGGGGGGGGAAAGGCGAGCAGAAAAUCCCGGCACCGCAUUGAGAGGAGGGCGACUGCAUUUCUGUCUCGUGCUCUGGUGGAUCGGGUUUGAGGUUCGUCUUUUUUUGGGAACAGAAAACAUGACGUCGCCAGCAAAAUUUAAAAAGGAUAAGGAGAUCAUAGCCGAAUAUGACACUCAAGUUAAAGAGAUCCGUGCCCAGUUGGUAGAGCAGCUGAAAUGCCUUGACCAACAGUGUGAGCUUCGGGUCCAGUUACUGCAGGACUUGCAGGAUUUCUUCCGCAAGAAGGCAGAGAUUGAGAUGGAUUACUCAAGGAAUUUGGAGAAGUUGGCUGAGAGAUUCCUGGCUAAAACUAGGAGCACCAAAGACCAGCAAUUCAAGAAGGAUCAGAAUGUGCUGUCCCCAGUGAACUGCUGGAAUCUCCUGCUCAACCAGGUGAAGCGGGAGAGCAGGGACCACACCACGCUCAGUGACAUCUAUCUCAACAACAUCAUCCCACGCUUCGUGCAGGUCAGCGAGGACUCGGGGCGCCUCUUCAAGAAGAGCAAGGAAGUGGGAUUGCAGCUCCAGGAGGACUUGAUGAAAGUCUUGAAUGAACUCUACACGGUUAUGAAGACCUACCAUAUGUACAACGCUGACAGCAUCAGUGCUCAGAGCAAACUGAAAGAGGCGGAGAAGCAGGAGGAAAAGCAGAUUGGGAAGUCGGUGAAGCAAGAGGACAAGCAGACACCGCGCUCCCCUGACUCAACCUCCAACGUCAAGUUUGAGGAGAAGCAUGUUCGACGGAGCUCUGUCAAGAAAAUAGAGAAAAUGAAGGAGAAGCGCCAAGCAAAGUACACAGAAAACAGACUGAAGGCUAUUAAGGCAAGGAACGAGUACCUGCUGGCUCUGGAAGCCACCAAUGCAUCUGUAUUCAAGUAUUACAUUCAUGACCUAUCUGAUCUCAUUGAUCAGUGCUGUGACCUGGGAUACCACGCUAGCCUCAACAGAGCCCUCAGGACAUUCUUGUCUGCUGAGCUAAACCUGGAACAGUCAAAGCACGAGGGUCUGGAUGCCAUAGAAAACGCCGUGGAGAACCUGGAUGCCAACAGUGAUAAGCAGCGCCUGAUGGAGAUGUACAACAACGUCUUCUGUCCACCCAUGAAGUUCGAGUUUCAGCCGCACAUGGGUGACAUGGAGUCGCAGCUAUGUGCCCAGCAACCAGUCCAGAGUGAGUUAGUGCAGAGGUGCCAGCAAUUGCAGUCUAGAUUAUCGACGCUUAAGAUUGAAAAUGAAGAGGUUAAGAAGACUAUGGAAGCUACGCUCCAGACAAUCCAGGAUAUAGUCACGAUAGAGGACUUUGAUGUCUCGGACUGCUUUCAGUACAGCAACUCCAUGGAGUCUGUGAAAUCCACCGUCUCGGAAACAUUCAUGAGCAAACCCAGCAUUGCCAAGAGACGGGCCAACCAGCAGGAGACAGAGCAGUUCUACUUCACAAAAAUGAAGGAGUAUCUGGAGGGCAGGAACCUGAUAACGAAGCUCCAAGCCAAACACGACCUUCUUCAGAAGACCUUGGGAGAAAGUCAACGGACUGACUGCUCCCUUGCCAGCGGCAGGCGCAGCUCCACCGUAAGGAAGCAGGAUUCCUCACAAGCCAUUCCCCUGGUCGUGGAGAGCUGCAUACGAUUCAUUAGCAGACACGGUUUGCAGCAUGAAGGAAUAUUCCGAGUGUCUGGGUCACAGGUUGAAGUGAAUGACAUAAAAAAUGCAUUUGAGAGAGGGGAAGAUCCGUUGGCUGGGGACCAGAAUGACCAUGACAUGGACUCAAUAGCAGGAGUUCUGAAGCUCUAUUUUCGAGGGUUGGAGCACCCUCUCUUCCCCAAGGACAUCUUUCAUGAUCUGAUUGCCUGUGUCACAAUGGAUAAUCUACAAGAGCGAGCGCUCCACAUCCGGAAGGUGCUUCUGAACCUGCCGAAGACCACUCUGAUUGUAAUGAGAUACCUCUUUGCAUUCCUCAAUCAUUUAUCUCAGUUCAGUGAAGAGAACAUGAUGGAUCCCUACAAUUUAGCCAUCUGCUUUGGGCCAACGCUCAUGUCUGUGCCUGAAGGUCAUGAUCAAGUCUCUUGCCAAGCUCAUGUCAAUGAAUUGAUCAAAACCAUCAUCAUCCAACAUGAGAACAUCUUCCCGGGACCGAGGGAACUGGAGGGACCAGUGUAUAGCAGAGGUGGAAACACCGAGGAUUACUGUGAAAGCCCUCAUGGGGAGAGAGCCUCAACAGAAGACUCUGUUCAGGACGUUACGACUGAACACCACACCAGUGAUGAUGAGUGUGAGCCCAUAGAAGCGAUAGCGAAGUUCGACUACAUUGGCAGGACUGCACGAGAGCUGUCCUUUAAGAAAGGAGCUUCUCUCUUGCUCUAUCAGCGGGCCUCAGAUGACUGGUGGGAGGGACGCCACAAUGGAAUUGACGGCCUUAUUCCUCAUCAGUAUAUCGUCGUUCAAGACACUGAGGAUGGUGCCUCUGAAAGAUCCAGUCCGAAGUCUGAGAUAGAAAUAAACUCUGAGCCACCGGAAGAAAAAGUGACGGCUCGAGCUGGUGCCAGUUGCCCAAGUGGGGGUCACGUCGCAGAUAUUUACCUUGCAAACAUCAACAAGCAAAGAAAGAAACCAGAGUCAGGCAGCAUCAGAAGAGCCUUCCGUCAAAGUGAGAGCCAUGGACUAGGUAGUUCAAUGGCAGAACCAGCCUCCCCAGGAGCCAUAGCCGGUUCCAGACCCUCAUCUCAGCCCAUUAUGAGCCAAAGUCUUCCCAAGGAGGUUCCAGAUAAAUGCUCCAUCAGUGGCCAUGGCAGCCUCAAUUCUAUCAGCCGACACUCGUCUCUGAAGAACAGGAUAGACAGCCCCCAGAUCCGGAAAACUGUGACAGCAGGGAGGUCCAAGAGCUUCAACAACCAUCGGCCCAUGGACCCUGAAGUUAUUGCACAGGAUAUCGAAGCCACCAUGAACUCUGCUCUGAACGAGCUGCGGGAGCUGGAGAGGCAAAGCAGCGUCAAGCACACGCCAGACGUGGUCCUCGACACCCUGGAGCCUUUGAAAACGUCUCCAGUGGUGGCCCCCACCUCGGAACCCUCCAGCCCUCUGCACACUCAGAUCCUCAAGGACACUGAACCAGCUUUCCAGCGCAGCGCCAGCACCGCCGGUGACAUCCCCUGCACCUUCCGGCCCGUGAAGUCAGUGAAGAUGGCCACGCAGGUGAAACCUCCGGCCACGCGGCCCAAGCCCACGGUAUUCCCUAAAACCAACGCCACGAACCCUGGCGUUGCCUCCUCUGCACCUCAGCAGCCUGCUGACAAGUCCUGUACUGUCUGAGGAGCUCCGCGCUGCUGCUCCGUGGAUACAGCUGUGUCGUUUCAGACAAGGAGACUCUGUUCAAAGACGUGAAACUUCCCAUGUAACUCCUGCUUUUGAACUGAAGGUUAGUUGUGAACUGCUCCUUCCUGCUGGGAGCACUUCCUGGGAGUGAACUAAGUGGUAACAACCUCAUCCCAUGUACCCGCAUCAGUGAUGUCCGUCAGGCUGCGCUUCGGAAACGCGGGCUCGGGUCACUGUGAAGCUGAGGAGGAAGAAAUACACACGCAAAGUGAUGAGUUGGAUCUUGGUUUCUAGUUGAUGCCUUGUUCAAGUGUUUGGCCGCUGAAAGGAAUACUCAGUGGCGUCCUGUUUUGAAUACUGGUGUAGUGACUUCUGUAUUCUGUGUUUCAUUUAUCACAGGGAAACAAUAGGAUAGAUUUUAGUCUACUGCAUGUUUUGGUGCCACUGGUUACGUGGAGCUUGGACAUGCCCCUUUCUUGUGCAUUCUUACUAUGAUUACGUCGCCCGCUGGUGCCACGAUGGUUUAGGGUCUCUCUCAACAUCCAUCCCAUCCUCGGGUUUUGUUUGUUUGCUCCCCCCAGGGCCAGGGCUCUUGGCCAUCCUGCCUCAUGCUUUAGUUGAUGCUUGUCAUGAAGAAUAGUUCACUCUGGAGCACUCUUAGGUUUUGUGGAGUUCUGCGUAAUCUGUGUCUGUGCAAAUACAAACAAACGUGUUCCUGAGGUUUAGGAGCAGAAGAAAGAGCCCAGUUGUUGCUUAUGGACAGUGUAGCUGUCCCAUCCCCCCCCUUUGCUCUCCCGUAUUUAAACCCAGCUCUACUGUUUCUGAGUGUAAUUUUCAGCCCAUGGGCUAUGCUGUGGUGUGUGGUCUCGGGAGACUGAAUGUACAAACAAGUUAACUUUUGGAAACUAAGUGUACUCUGAUGGGAGUUCAUUUCCUAACGCACACAUUCUUGUUUGGAUCAUACGUCAGGAUGGAUCCUUACCAAAAUCCCUGUUCCAAGCACUGUAAAAACUUCAACCCAGAAGUUCUCAAGCUUUGUUAUCUUCUCCCUCUCCCUGGUUGCAAUCACUUUGGUCGGUGGUUGUGACCACUGUGAACUGCUUAAGGGAUCUCUGCUCUCAUAGAGCAGUGUAGGAGAUGCUGCUGGGGACAGUGAUGGGACAGCAUGCAGCUUCUGAGUGGCUUCCCUACGUGCUUGUUGCUAGGCUGGCAUGCCCUCCGUACGACUAAGACAUGGGAAUGAGUGCUUAGGACUUGUAUUUAUAAGGCAGGCAGCAAAUGCUUCAGCCUCUAGCAGGCUGCACGAACUCUUUUGUACUCUACUGAGAAUCUUCCAUAAUGCUGACGUUUAUUUAAUGAAGCAAAAUAAAAGGCGUGUGCCACUUACAGUGGUGAAGAUCCCACAGUCCUGCAGGAGAGGAGACUCUGGCUGACCCUCAGUUCACCUCCUUCCCAAGCUCUUCUGGGAUUUAAAUGAAACCCUGCGCAUCUCCUGUUUUCAUCACAGAAAUUCAGGCAAGGACAAGAGAGGAAAAGUCAUUUUUCUCUCCCAUUUUGCUUUGAAAUCUGUGGGUUUCUCACCCUUGGCUUCCUUGUGACAGCAGUGGUGUUUUCAUUAGCACUUGGGAAUUCAAAAAGAAGGAACAGAGCUCACAUUUCUAAGAGCAGGUUCUGAAAUGUGUUCUUCUGUUUCAUUUAGGCUGGGACCCUGAGAAAGGGGCAGGGGGUUACUGUGUCCCUGUCCAUCCCCACACGCACCCCCCCACAGAAGCUAUAUAUCCAUGUUGAGGAUGGCUUUUAAAAACACCAACGCGCUCUGCGCCCUACAGUUGGGGAACAGCGGGAAGAUUUCCAUGAGAACACUAUUACCCAUUCCUCCUUAGCUGAUGUGUAGCAGCCAUUCCCCUUGGGAAGCGCCGUGGUACGUGUGUGGCUGUCGCUGGACCAUGCCCCAUUCCUCCUGCAGGGGAAGCUCCCCAACAGUGUGACCAGCGACCUUUGCUCUCAGGUUCUGAUGGACUUUUGCCACCAAGGAAUCACUUGUUCUUUUGGGGAAAACUAGGAUUAAACUUGUAAUUUUUUGCUCAGGCAGAACUUUCUGGCAUUUCCUGUUAAGUAGGGAGGUUUUGGGUUUGUUUUCUUCUUGGUCAUGAAUGACCAAAGUUAAUCUGUGUCAAGAGCAGGCUCUCUGUACAUUUACUUCGGCUCCUUUGUAAUGCCUUAUUUUCUUUAGACUUUGAUGCCUAGCAGUCGUGUUUCUAAGAAUUAAGUGUCCAGCCACGCACAGCACAUUUGGAGGAGAUGCUCUUUUCUACCUUUGAGGUCUGAAGUAUGAAUGGCAAUUGAGAUUUAACGAAAAAAAUAAGACUUCAGGUUACUGUAACAGCAACUGUCUGUAUCUGAGUUACUGUGCUUAUCUCUAGCAUCCACAGCUUGGGGACAAUCCUACUGUCAAGGGGAAUGUGCUUAGCAGGAUAACCUGUCUCUUGAGCAACUCAACUGGAAUUUUGGUGUGCACUGUGAUUGACACUUCCACUUGACAGCAAGCAAUACAGCAGGCUGAACUCAUCCUUCCUCUGCCAUGGGCUCCGGGUCUGGCCAACCAGCAGGAAACUCACACACGCACACACAGGGGAGGAUAAGACAGAAAAAGGAGCUUUUGAGCUUGCCUGCUUCACCCUGUGAACAUACAAGGCUGGGAGAAGUUGCCACAAGUGGUUUACAACUAGUUGCUGCAGGAGAGGUGGGAAGGAGAAACUGGAAGCGUCCGCGCCACUCCUUGCAAAGCCAGUGGGCGUCUCAUUGAAGAGACCAAGGCAGGGUGGACAAGCACGACACGGUGGUUUGCCUGGGGAGGUACCACUGUUACUUCAUACCUUCAUACUCAGAAGAAAUCUCAGCUCUUCCAUGGAGAUUCUCUUUCAUGACUUUUGUGUAACGUUUGUGUCAAAUAUCAAGACAAGAAGUGUUAGAUAACUGGAAUAAUGUCUGUCUGUUUGAUAGUGCUUUGUACGAACAAAGGAUUCUUGUUCAACAGAUGCUGGAUUGAAGUAAUCCAAAGCACCGCUUUUAAAAUAAAAUACCAUUUAGGUGAUCAGUCGUCAUGGUUUCUGAAGCUCGAACCUUUCAUGUUUUCUCUCCCGAGUUGGGAAUUGAGCAGCGUGGUUCAGCGGUUGCUGAAUUCCUGCCUCUCCAAGGUAAUCCAAAGGCUCGUGGUUUAGCAGUUGUAAAGUUGUUAUCCAUGUCAAAGCAGUGGGACAUGAGCAAACUCUCACUUUUCUCUGUCCUGGCUAUCUGGUUGCAAUGAAAACGAUGAAAUCAUUAGGGUGCACUGUGACAGCAGCAGAAAAUCCUUGUAUAUGUGUGUAUUUUGAUACCUGUUCCGAAAGAGUCUUUGGGUUUCCUGUGAUGAAUACCUCAUGUGUUGGGUUUGGGGAGUUUUAUGUUGAUUUCUUUGUUGAUUUAAUUGUUAAGGCAAGAUUGUUCUUGCACAAAAGUAGGUUAAGAUAACCGAGUUCUCAUUUAUUUACCGAAUCAAAACCCUUCAGAGCUGGGCAAGGAAUUCCAUCUGUCAUGAUUCCCACCUCACUGUUUGCCUCCGUGCUUGGCAGAGCUCUAGCAAUAUUAUAAGACAAAAAGAGGUCGUUGCAGAUGGAGUUUGCUGCCUUACUUCUCCUGUGUGUCAAACCCUCAAAAUUCAUUCAAGAUAUGUUCUUCAAUAGAAUAAAUGUCUCUGGUGAGCACUUCAGCUCCUUUCCAUAGGUGUACCUGGGUGUGGAUGCUCUGCUGCCUGAGGAAAUCCAUAUGGAGAGAAGAGGUAAAGGAGAUGAUGCUCUCAGGAGGGUGUAGCUCAGUAGGGAGGCAAUGGUACUGAUGGAAAACAUCCCUUGAGACUGUUUGUCUGUUCAACUUGGGAAGGCAUUGAAGUGUUGGGCCCCAAUCUGCCUGUUGCCCCUUGGGGUUCAGGAUGUGGGACUGCUGCAAUGGAUCAGGUUGGGGGUACCUGCGCUGGGCAGGGUCAAGCCCUGACUGCAUUUACUCAUGGAUCUGUGAGCUGCAAGGUAGGAAAACUGCUUUAAAAGAAGAGUCAAAGGAAAAGUGAAGCAUUUGGGCACUUCCAUCACCAAGGAGCACAAACAGAACAGAAAAUGGGUUCAACAGCUUGGGGCACGAUGUAUUUGGAGAUGCAGGUUUCCCAUUCGUCACCUGGCCUUGGCAAACAUCUCACCAGCAUGAUCAUAGACAUGAAGGUGUCUCCCUAGCAGACUGGUAGCACUGGAGGCCUUCAUGGGAGGCAGUGAUGUUCUCUCUGGGAUGAAUAUUGCUCCCUGUGGAAUCUUCCAGCCUCCAGGUCUGGAAAAAGGCCAAGUGCUCACUGGGGCUCUAGACUGAACUUUGGGGUUUGAGCUGAACAUAUCACUGUGGAAGAGAAUCCUCUCUUUGGAUCAGCUUUCUGCUCACCUCUGUCUGUGUGCGACAACCUGGUACUUGAAAAUCAAACUACUUGACCCGCUGCCUUGCGCCCACCAGAAGGCAGAUGAAUUGUUUUCCAGGAUUGCUUUUAGGAGGCUGGUUUUGGUGGAUCUGGAGAUGCCAGAACUGCAGUUCAAGACCUGGAAAAUGCAAGGUUUCUUUUUUAGUCUGUGUGUGGGGUUUUUUUCCUGUUCUAUUUUGUGCUUCUUAUAAUGUGGUUUGAGACGAGAGUGGUGGUGUUCAACCACAGGCCAAAAAGAGGUGAAGGUGGAGAGGGAGGCAGCUCCCUGCUAUCUAAUACUUGAUAUACCAAGCUUCAUACAGGGUAAAUAUUUAGCAGUUUGCAAUGGGAACAAGAGACGGACCCUUCCUUUACAAGGCACUAGAGUAACCUUACUGCUGACGGGGACUUCACCAGCCUUUCCUCUCCAGUCCUGCCUUGGAAUGACUGAAGUCCAACGGGAUGGACUCCUGAGGGUGCCAAACUGCUGGAGCAAUACUCGAGAGCAGCAGGUUCCUCAAGCCCAGCUCCAUGUAGCCAGACGAGGGCAGUUCUUGAAAGCCAGCUCUGCUGUGUUCCACAGGAGCGUGGUGGUUCCUGGGUCUGCUGUAACGUAGGGAAUUGGGGUGGCAAAGUGGACAAAUGUGUGUUUUCUCUGUUGGUCUGAACCCUGAGUCCGGCGGUCGCGGGCUCCUUGGGUUUAGGGCUUUAUUAGCAGUUGUCUAAUGGUGGGAUGGAAUGUUCUUGCUAAAACAGUUUCCAUUGUUUCAUGUCUUCUACACCAAUAUAUAUACGGUGUAUAUAUUAAACUGUGUAAAGUUGUACUUUGUAUAUAGAACUCUGUACAAUAUGGAGGUACAUCCCUUUUUUUGUUUUCCUUUUGGUACAGUAUUGUACAGUAUUAGGAGUAAACGUGUUGGAAAUGUUGAAUCCAUCCUGGGGCAACGCAAUGUAUCCAUUGUCAUUAGCAAUAGUUUUGGAGAAAUAAAUGUUUUGGGUAUGGUGGAAAUCCUGA